AUGCCUGAGUCUUCUGCGUGGAGGCCUAUGGUAGACAUACCUUCGCCACGCGGUAUUCCCUUGCGUGCGCCGGACGUUUCAAGUGCAACACGCUCACAAGCAGUGGAGGAGUCUUACCUGAGCGACUCGGAGGAAGGAUCUGAUUCAAGCUCAGACUCGGACUCAAGCAGGAAAGAUUCCGACUCGGGGGGCGAAGAUUCCGGUCCGGAUAAAUUGGCUAGCGGGAGCGAGGAUGAAGAAUACGAAGGAGGCGGGGAGAAUGAGAAUGAGAAUGGGGGUGUUCCCCCUGCUGCUACGCAAAAAAAGCAAAAUCAAAAGUUAUCAGUGGCUCAAAGAAAGGUAAAGGUGAAGGCGGAAGGAUCGAAACUUAUGACUUGCUCGAUAAUCAAACCAAAGAUAAUGUCAAUCGAGCUGCUCUCCCAAGCAGAGAGGAGUGUCGCAAUGACUCAUACGCGCAACUCAAUCAUGAGCCUGUGCGGUGGGAAGAAACAGAUUAAAUCAUUAGCCGAACUCGAGCUCCAAUAUCAACCAGACAACGAACCGUUGUGGGUAGACAAGGCCGGCAUUGUUGCGAUGCACCCAGACCGUUUGUUUGAAGACAAUAUGCGUGGUUUUGGGCACCUUUUCGACGACAUUGUGACCGAUUCUUCAUGCAUGGCUCCUUCCCAGCAGUCGUUCUUGUCAACAGUUGAUUCGUCCGUCUUUUGCUCCUGUUUAAAUGCAGGUGUGUUUACAACGUUCAAGGAUACCUGGAAGGCGAUUCAAGACGGGACCGGAGAUGAGCGGGAAAAGAAGAAGAGGGCAAACUCGUGCAGAUCAUCAAGGAAGACAACGAAAGCUGUAAAUCGUCGUAAUGCCCUUGAAAAUACUGAGCUUGUAUUUGAUAAUUUCCAGUUCCUUGUUGACGUUGGCUUUCAGUCGUCAGAUUCUUCGGAAAAAGAAUUGAGCGAUGGAGAAUGUGGAAUGGUAAAGAACAAGGCAAGGAGCAAGAGGAAGAAGGCAAAGACAGUGAAAGAACAUAGCUACCGGAGUGAAAAGGCCACUCAGAUCCUUGGCGCGCUGGAUGUCAAAUAUGGAUUAAUGAAGAAACAAAGCGGCAACUCACAAUAUGAGGCACUACCCGGCUACACAGCCCGCACUCCCCCUCACUCGCCCACCAUUACUUCGCGCACUCCCACUCGCUCCUCCUCCCGUGCUUCCUCUCACGCUGGCCGCUCCUACCCGCCAACACAUACCAUGGCAACCCGUUCCCGGCCAGCCUCUCAAACCCGCUCCCCAAUCGAUCAAGGGGAGCUGGGACCCCAACUUCCGGCAACCCCCUAUGUUGAAAUUGGGGAAGUCUCCCUCGAACGAAUCACAAGCCUCCUCCUUGGUCUCCUUGGCCAAGUUGAGCACCUCAAGCGGAAAGUGGAAGAAGUCCAAGAAGCAGGGGUUGAGGCCCGGACCAACCUUGAGAACAUCUCUCAAGCCGUCAAUACUGUCAAGGAUGGGCUUAGAAGCCUCCAACUCCAUGGGCCCCGGACCCCAGAAGACACAAAACCCCCGGUCGUGGAAGCAACGCCACGCCCCCUAUCCAAAGUUGACCCUAUUGGAUCAACUAGUUGGGUCUCAUUCUGGCCCAAAUCAUCCAAAGGGCUUCCCGCCUUUGCCCAGCCCACUCCUGUCCAAGCAGUGCCCCUGCGAGUCCCAUCUCCCCCUCCAUCUCUGCGUCUCCGAUCCCCCAUUGGAGCACCUGCCCCUCCGCCUCCGGCUCCAGUUGCCGCCUAUCCCGCUCCGGUCAAGGUUGACCACCCCGACGCCUACACAGGCAAAGUAGGGAGCGAAGCAAAGCAGUGGCUGACCCGGAUGUUAGCCUGGACCCGUCUCAAUUCCCGCAUGUUCCCCACGGACCAAGAAGUCUUAUCCUUCCUUCUCAUGAACAUGAAGGACUCCGCGGGAGCAUGGGCCCAUCCACACCUCGACCAGCUUGGGUCACACCAAGCCAUUAUCCAAACGGUCGAAGGGUUCAAACUGGAGUUCCUGGCAGCGUUUGGUGACCCUGAUGCCACAAGGGCCGCCGAGCGGAAAAUAACCUCCCUUACCCAAUCCGGCACAUGCGCGGAUUACAUUACAAAGUUCAGAACCUUGGCCAUGGAACUGGACUGGAACAAUGCGGCCCUCCGAGGCCAGUUCGCCCGCGGCCUCCACUGGGAGGUCAGUCGCCAAAUUGCCACCCGCAAGCACCGACCCCACACCCUUCUUGAGCUGCAGAAUGCAGCACUUGUCAUUGACAACGCCCUUUGCAAAGAGCGUGCUAGCCACCCACCAAGGGAUAAUAAGCCUAGCAGACAGUCUAACCCCGCAAGGGGGACAAGUACCGGCCAGUCCACGACCGGUUCAAAGAAACUCUCCGACAAACCGAAUUUUGUGUCGGAAGAAGAACGCAAUCGCCGCCGCGCCGCAGGCGCCUGUAUCAAGUGCGGCAAAAUGGGUCACAAGUUUGCGGAAUGCCGCACGGGCUGGAAAGCUACCCCUAUUGAGGAUAAGGGGAAGGCUAAGGAAACCGCCAAGAUUGGCAAAGACUCCGAGUACCAAUCGGGAAAAGAUUGUAUAGAGAUUUGUCAUGUAUCUACAAUAUCGAAAUUAUCACCCCUCUUCACAAUCCCUAUACAACCAAAGCAAGCGGAACCUAUAGAAGUCCUGAUUGACUCAGGCGCAACCUCCUCAUUUAUGCACCCCCAAACCGCGGAAUCACUCCGCUUACCACUCAUUGACCUCCCCUCUCCUUGCACCGUAACUAUGCUCGAUGGGUCGAGCCCCCAGGCUGGAAAAAUCUGGAAGAAGGCCUCCCUAACCUUCUCCCUUGAUGGCAAACAGAUGACCGAGACCUUCCUAAUCUGUAACACAGGGUCCCACGCCGCCAUCUUGGGAUUGAAAUGGCUGGACGCGCACAACCCAGAAAUUGAUUGGAAUAUGCAAACCCUCUCCUUUCCCCACGCCGUACCGGAACAUGUGGCCAUUGCUGAGGAGGAAGAAGCAGACAAGAACCCGCUUGAAGGAGUACCCUCCGAAUACCAUGGAUACGCCAAGGUAUUUGGAGAGGAGGAAUUCAACAAGCUUCCCCCUCAUAGGCACUACGAUAUUGGGAUUGAGCUCACAGAAGAAGGUCCCCUGAACUCUCCCCUGUACAGCAUGACGGACGCCGAAUCCGCCACUCUCAAGGACUGGCUCAGGGACAAAUUAAAAGCAGGGAAGAUCCGUCCUAGCAAAUCCUCAAUUAGCUCCCCUGUUAUGUUUGUCCCGAAAAAGGAUGGUUCCCGCCGAUUGGUUGUUGACUACCGCCGCCUCAAUAACCGGACAAAGAAGAACGUCUACCCGUUGCCUCGCCCAGAUGAUCUCAUGGCCCAGCUCCGCGGCGCUAAGAUCUUUACUAAGCUAGAUCUAAGGUGGGGGUACAACAAUGUCCGGGUAAAAGAAGGUGACGAAUGGAAAACUGCCUUCCGUACCAAAUAUGGCUUAUACGAAUCCCUGGUCAUGACUUUCGGCCUGACAAACGCACCCGCGGCUUUCCAACACUUUAUGAACGAAUUAUUCAAAGACUUACUUGAUGUAUGCGUCAUCAUCUACCUUGAUGAUAUCCUUAUUUACUCCAAGGAUGACGCUUCACACACGCAACACGUUCAUGAGGUCCUCAAGCGGUUAAUGGAGAACCAGCUAUUCUGCAAAGCGUCCAAAUGCACCUUCCACGUCACCUCUGUGGAAUAUCUGGGAAUUAUUGUUUUGGACAAAGGCUUCAGCUUGGACAAGCUCAAGAUCCAGGCUGUACAGGAAUGGCCUACGCCCACUAAGGUUAAAGAAGUCCAGUCAUUCCUGGGCUUUGCCAACUUUCUACGCCGCUUUGUCGCCAAUUUUAGUCACAUGGCUAGGCCGCUACACAACCUGGUCAAAAAGGACACUCCUUGGAAAUGGGACGUCAAGGAACAGGAGGCCUUCCAAGGAUUAAAAGACGCUAUUACCAACGCACCUGUACUAUGCCAUGCAGACCCGUCCAAGCCCUACUUCCUAGAAACAGACGCCUCAGGGGCAGCACUAGGCUCCAUACUCAGCCAACGCCAGGAAGACGGUCGCCUUCACCCACUAGGUUUUCUAUCUGAGUCAUUCAAGGGCGCCAAACAAAACUAUGACACACACAACAAGGAACUACUUGCAAUCAUCCGCUCCUUCGAGUACUGGCGUAUUUUCCUGGAAGGAACCCUGCACCCUGUUACCGUGUUUACCGAUCACCGCAAUCUAGAGUACUGGAAGGAGUCACGCACAUUCAACCGUCGUCACGCCAGGUGGCAUCUAUUGUUAGCUGGGUAUAACUUCCAAAUCGUAUACCGCCCCGGUAAACAGUCCGGCAAACCAGACGCUCUUUCACGACGUUCAGACCAUGCCGACAUUCCACCAGAUGCCCAAACCAUGCUCCCCGACCCGGUUUUUGCCAACGUUGCGCUAGUCACGCCUGAGAAGGAGUUACAACGCCAGAUCGAGUUAUCCUUAGACCAAGACGAGUCCCUGGAGGAAAUCCUCCAAUUCCUGCAGAACGAGUCCAAGGCUCCACCCACAAUCAAACGCGCCUUCAAAGAUUACAAGAUGGAAGCAGGCCUGCUAUUCUACCAAGGGCGAAUUGUAGUACCAGACGUUGGGACAUUGAGGACAGACUUACUCCGUAUAUUCCACGACAGCCCCUUAGCCGGCCACCCAGGCAGACAACGGACCUUAGAAUUGGUAUCCAGAAACUACUACUGGCCUGGCAUCCGCGCAGACACGUAUUGGCACGUGGACUCCUGUGAAACGUGCCAACGGAUCAGAAAGCCCAAGUACGCGCCUAUCCCACCUCAACCACUGGAACUCCCCGUCAAGCCCUGGCAACACGUGUCUUACAACAUGAUAGUAGAUCUGCCUAAGGACGGAAGCAACGACUCCAUCUUGGUCAUAGUGGAUAGCUUCACAAAGUAUGGGAUUUUUGUCAAAUGUUCCAAGAAGCUCAAGGCACCUGAACUAGCGGAAUUGUCCUUGGAGCACGUAUGGAAACGGCACGGUAUGCCCGAGAAAACGGUCUCAGAUAGGGGAAGAGUCUUCAAUAACAAAUUCCUGAGGGCACUGUACAAACGCCUGGGUAUAGACCCCCACUUCUCCUUGGCAUACCACCCUCAGAGUGACGGACAGACAGAACGGGUUAACCCAUCCAUUGAACAUUUUCUCAGGGCUUACUCAGGGGUCAAUCAACGGGACUGGACCAAAUGGUUACCAAUGGCGGAAUUUGCGUACAACAAUGCGGUCCACAGCAGCACAGGAAAAACACCAUUCAAAGCCCUGUACGGAUGGGAACCUACCCUGACACCUUCAAACGUACCCACAGAUGUACCAGAGGCCGACAAAUUAGCCCAGACAAUGGAGGCACAAUGGAAGGAAGUGGAAUCGGCACUCCGGCAAUCCAAGCAACGCAUGACGGCCGGAGAGGAUGGAAGCCCAAUAGAGUUUGAGAUCGGAGAAGAAGCCUGGCUGGACGCCAGAAACGUCAACCUCAAAACCUUGAGUCAAAAACUUACAGAACAACGCCUAGGACCGUUUAAAGUUAUUGAGAAGAUCUCCAACCGGGCCUACCGCCUGGAACUCCCUCCUACCAUGCAAAUCCACAACGUCUUCUAUGUAGGACUCCUGUCUAAGGUCAAAAAAGACAAGAGACGCGCCUUUGAGAAUCGCCCCCCACCAGUCACAGUGGAUGGGGAAGAAGAAUACGAAGUGGAAGGGAUUACCGACGCAGAAGAACGUAACGGGAAAUGGUUUUUCCGGGUAAAAUGGAAGGGUUACGGUUCUGAAGAAAACACAUGGGAACCUCGGGAGAAUCUAAAAAACGCGGAAAAAAUUUUGAGGAAAUACAAGGAGGACAUGAAAAAGAAGGCCCUUGGCGCUGCCAAGGCCCUUAGAGGGGGGGCAGUGUCGUAG